AUGAACUUGGAGAGCAAAACAGCUUUAGAUUUAGCAAGAACUCCAGAAAUCAAGAAACUAUUGAUACGUGCUAAAGCAAAACCUGGCUCAAAAAUCACCAAGGCUCCAACACUUGCAGAACAACUAAGAUUUAUGGCCACAAUUAUUAAUGUUCAAACUUGGAUACGUAGAAUUAGAAGUAAUAUUUCAGAGGAUCAGCGAAACACUUGGUUGAUUGUUGCGACUCUUGUUGCAACUGUAACGUAUGAAUCAGCACUGAGUCCUCCCGGUGGAGUUUUCCAGGUUAGUGCAAGUGAUGACAACAAUAUGAGAAUUACUCCAACAGAUGAAUUUUUUUCUACCCGAGGAAAUGCUGGGAAAUCCAUCUUGUCAAGAGAUAGUUUCAUGAUUUUUUCAUUAGCCAACAUGCUUUCCUUUUGUGUAUCAAUUAUAGCAAUAUUAAUUCUGACCCCAGGUGGAGCCCUAGGCCUUCUAGUGAUAGGUCCAGUGAGUUUGUUUGUUUGUUGCUAUCUAAUUGCUAUGCCGGCGAUAUCUCCAACACGUGCCAACACCACUAUUCUUUACAUACCUAUGUAUUCAAUUGUAUUUAUCGUGCUUGUUUAUCUUACUUUCAUAACAUACAGUGAUAUUCUAUUGAAGAUUAUCAAAAACAGAUACAUUAGAUCCACAACUCAAACCGCUGUAGCCCGAGUUUCGACAAUAUAG